UGUGUAAGUUAGUAACCAGUCUCUUGUUGAAGUUCAUCAUGGAGACCGGCAUGGAGGUAGACUCAAGUAUGGACCAAAACGAAAGUGCUGUAAAAAAUGCCACACAAAUAGGAGAACCCAUGGAUGUAGACCAAAAAUUACCACGAAAAGACAAAGACCCAAUUGCUCUGGCGGAAGCGAAAAAAGCCGAGGGGAAUAAAGAAUACGCAAAGAAAAACUACGAUCAGGCAGUUCGACUGUACACUGAAGCAAUAGAAUUGGCACCUGACGUUGCUACAUUUUAUGGCAACCGAUCAGCAGCUUACAUGAUGUUGAUGAAGUAUGAUAAGGCACUGGAGGAUAGCUUGAUGGCAAUCAAGUUAGACAACUCCUUUGUGAAGGGUCAUUACAGGGUAGCUAAAUGCUACCUGGCUUUGGGAUUAUCCAGAAAUGCUGUGAUGGAGCUGCAAAAAGUCCUUGCGCUUGACAAAAAGAACAAAGAUGCUACAAAUGAUUUGAAAACAGCUAAUUUAGUCAUGGAAUAUGAAUCAUCUGCUUAUGACGCUUUUGAGAAAAAAGAUUAUAGAAAGGUUGUGUUUUGUAUGAGAAAUGCAUUGGAGAAGUGUCCAGCAUGUACAAUAUAUAAAGUGAUGAAAGCUGAAGCCUUGGCGUUGACGGGGAAAUACAGUGAUGCUGAACAUGAAGCAACAGAUAUCUUGAGAACAGAUUCAGCCAAUACUGAUGCUAUUUAUGUCAGAGGGUUAUGUCUGUACUAUCAGGAUAAUGUUGAAAAGGCCUAUCAACACUUUAUACAAGUCAUGAAGAGAGACCCUGACCAUAAAAAAGCAAGGAUUCUUCUUAAGAAAGCAAAGUCAUUGCAGGCCAAGAAGAAGGAGGGCAAUGAUGCAUUUGGUAGUGGUCAGUACCAAAAAGCUUAUGAUCUGUACACAGAAGCACUUGAGAUAGACCCCCUUAAUAAAUAUACCAAUGCAAAGAUAUACUACAACAGAGCUGUAGUUGGAUCAAAGAUAAACAAAAUGGAGCAGGCUAUAGAGGACUGUACAAAGGCUGUAGAACUGGACAACUCUUAUACCAAAGCAUACUUAAAGAGAGCUAACUGUUACAUGGAUUGUGAAAAAUAUGAAGAAGCUGUUCGAGAUUAUGAGUUAUUAUGCAGAAAAGACCGUAAUUCAAGAGAAUAUCGUCGACUUCUUGAGAAAGCAAAACUUGAACUAAAGAAAAGCAAAAGAAAAGAUUAUUACAAAAUAUUGGGCAUCAGCAAAACUGCAACUGAUGAUGAAAUUAAAAAAGCAUACAAAAAAGAGGCAUUAAAGCACCAUCCUGAUCGUCAUUCAGGAGCGACAGAUGAAGACAAAAAGAAAGAAGAACAUUUAUUUAAAGAGGUUAACGAAGCAUACAGCAUCUUGUCAGACCCCAAGAAACGAUCACAGUAUGACAGCGGUCAGGAUCUAGAAGAUUCUUUUGGUAUGCAUGAAGAUUUUGAUCCCAAUUCCAUAUUUCAAGCUUUCUUCGGUGGUCCUGGUGGAUUCAUGUUCAAUUUUGGUGGUCCAGGUGGAGGACCUAGCGGAUUCCCGGGUCAUGGUGGCGGUGGAUAUUCUCGUGGAGGUCACAGUGGUUUUAAUUUCACAUAUGGAUAGCAAGCUUCGCGAUUUAAUCGUUAGUCUUCGUAGAGGCCGUAAGGAAACGAUCCUUGAGAAAGUACUGUAACCUGACUUGCCAACCUAUGGAGGGAGGGUUCGGGAGAAGAGGAGAAAUAUUCUUUCUGUCU